AAGAACAAGUAGACGCUGUUGUAGUGUCAUGACUGUCGAGAAAAGGGCUAUAUUUUUCAAGACGCACAGUCACAGAAUAAACGCUGUGUGAGUUUAUGAUGACAAUUUGCACAGUGCAUCAGUGUGGAGACUGGAAGUACACGAAGGCCGAGGAUCGCUAAAUCGUCAUCAUGGAAAUGCUGAACAGGCUGAAGACUACCGUUGGGGGCUUAAUUGGUAAUCCUGUGGUCAGUCAGUAUGACAUUACAGUGGGGCAGAUCGCCAGCGGAGGACUGGACUGCUUGUGGAAGAUCUAUCACGGUGUGAAACGAUCAACUAAGCAGGAGGCAGCGAUUUUUGUCUUUGAGAAGAAACUCCUGGAGCGUUUCCACAAGAAAGACCGUGAGGGUGUCCUAGAGGUCUUGAGAAGGGGCCCCUCCCAGUUGACCAAACUGAGACACCCCUGUCUACUGACCAUCCAAACCCCAAUGGAAGAGUCCAGAGACAGCCUUGCUUUUGCCACUGAGCCAGUCUUCGCCAGUUUAGCCAAUGUGCUCGGUCGACAUGACAACUUGAGCCCAGUACCAGAGAACAUCAAAGGUCACGAGUUGUACGAAGUCGAGAUCAAAUAUGGACUUCUUCAGGUCACAGAAGGGCUGAAGUUUCUACAUAACGAUGUUCACAUGAUUCAUGGUAACGUUGUCCCGGAGAGUAUCAUUUUGAAUGCCAAUGGAGCUUGGAAACUAGCAGGGUUUGACUUCUGCAGCCAGUCAAUAACACCGCAAGAUCAAGCACCAACUUUCCCCAUGCGCGAGUGGAACACAGACUUCCCGGCUGCGGCCCAGCCCAGACUGGAGUACCUCGCUCCAGAGUAUGCGCUAACGAUGAGUUGCGAGACGGCUAGCGACAUGUUCUCCCUCGGCAUUCUGAUGUACGCUGUCAUGAACCGGGGCAAGACGCUGUUUGACUGCAACGAAAACCUGCAGACCUUCAAACGGAACUGCCAACAGCUGAAAUGUUUGAACAUAUCACUACUUGGAAGCCUCAGCGAUGGUCUUAAAGAGUAUGUCAAAAUGUUGCUGAAUGCUACCCCUACUGUCAGACCAGAUGCAGACCAAAUUUCCAAGAUCCCGUUCUUUGAGGACGUGGGCUCCAUCACAUUGCAAUAUUUGGACUCGCUCUUCCAACGAGACAAUCUAGCCAAGUCCCAGUUUUUCAAAGGGCUCCCAAAAGUCCUAUCAAGUCUUCCAAAGCGAGUGGUGCAUCAGCGUGUCCUUCCCAGCCUCAGCAAGGAACUGGUCAAUCGUGACAUGAUCCCGUUCGUUCUGCCUAACCUUCUACACAUCGCAGACAGCUGCACCGACCAAGAGUACGUCAGGCUGGUCCUACCCGAACUCAAACCUGUCUUCAAAAUCCAGGAACCAGUCCAGGUAAUGCUGAUCUUCAUGCAGAGGAUGGAUAUGCUCCUGACUAAGACGCCUAAGGACGACAUCAAAAACCACGUCCUGCCACUAGUCUACAGAGCACUGGAAGCACCCUCACCACAGAUACAGGAGCUUUGCCUAACAAUCCUUCCCACCUUUGCCGGUAUGAUAGACCAAGCUUCCAUGAAACAUUCCAUCAUCCCACGGAUCAAGAAGCUGUGUCUGGAAACCGACCGCUUAUCGUCCCGAGUCGGUUCCCUGGUUUGCACUGGCAAGCUGAUGGACCACAUGGACAAAUGGUUCGUCUUGGACGAGGUGCUACCUAUGGUCAUGGCUAUUCCCUCCAGGGAACCUGCCGUCCUAAUGGGCGUAUUGGGAAUCAUCAAGAUGGCGAUCAGUCACAAGAAGCUCGGUGUCACUAAGGAGCUAGCCGCCACCAAACUGCUCCCAUUCCUGUUUCCGCUUUGCAUCGACAACAAUCUCAACUUGAAUCAGUUUAAUGCCUUCAUGUCAGUCAUCAAGGAGCUCAUCCGCCAUGUGGAGAAUGAGCAAAGAGGAAAGCUGGAACAACUCAACUCAAUCCAAGAAGAACAAAAGACGUCAGUCGAUUUCAACCAACGGCUUCAGAAUCAGACCAAGACGGAGGAAAAUCCCUUCGCAACAAUGGGAAUCAGUAACGGCACCACCCAGGCAGGAUCCAUGAUGGAUGACAUGUUUAAGACAUUCGGCUUGAGUGAGUACCUUGGGGAUGCCACUAACAAAGUUGAAGCUAUUAAUCGGGGAACCAGUCCAGGCAGCUCCAAACCGGCUCAGACCAGUUCACCAUCAUCGUCGGCAUCCUCAACCGCCCCAAAAUACAAACAGCCAACCCAGGUGUCACUGAGUAUGGAAGAGAAACAAAGAAUUCAGAGUGAGCAGGAAUUCCAAGAGAGGGUGAAGAAACAGAAACCUUUAACAGCUGGAGGAAAGACUAAGUUAUCAGAGCCGAAACCGCAGGCCAAGGACCUGUCUCGCAUGCUGCUUGACUCAUCACUGAACACCAAGCCCAGCUACAAUCUAAGUACAUGUACAACAAACAGUGCAAUUGGUGGUUUAGGCUCAAAUCAAGCCGCCACUUCAUUUGGCAGUAGUGGCAGUAUGGGAGGACAGACAUGGAGUAUGAAUUCCUCCAUGGGAUCUGGAGGGACUGCAAUGAAGACUAGUCAGGCAUCUCUCGGUGGUGGAAUGGGGACAGGUUUUGGGGGAUUGUCAAACAGCCAGUCACCAUCAACUCAAAAACCCAAUAUGGCAGCCUUCGAUAAUUUGCUGGGACCGUCACAGAAGCCAAAACAGACUCUGAGUCAAAUGGCACCCAAGUCAUCGACAGGAACACAAGGCAUGAUGGGAAACCAGGGAAUGAUGGGAUCCCAAGGGAUGAUGGGAAAUCAAGGGAUGAUGGGAAACCAGGGCAUGAUGGGAAACCAGAGCAUGAUGGGAAGCCAGGGCAUGAUGGGAAGCCAGGGCAUGAUGGGAAACCAGAACAUGAUGGGAAAUCAAAGCAUGAUGGGAAAUCAAGGUGCAAUAGGAAAUCAAGGCAUGAUGGGAAACCAAGGCAUGAUGGGUAACAGCCAGAGAUUCAUGGGUGCCAACCAGGGAAUGAUGGGUAGACAAGCGCAAGGCAUGAUGGGAAACUCCCAGAAUUCCAUGGCAGGACAGCAGCAAAGCAUGAUGGGAGGAUUUGAUCCACUUGCUGGCAGUCGGACAAAGUCACAGCAGCAGAAACCAGACAGCCUUAUGGGAUUCUUGGGUUGAAAGUUGAUAUUGCAUAUUUAAUUAAAAAGAACCAGUCCAAGUGGUUCAAAGCAAAAAGUAAUCCCCAUAACAACAUAAAACAAAAUUGCCUUUUUUAAAAAGUGAUUUGCUUUUGUUGUAAUUUUCCGAAAUGGAUGGAUUUGGGGGGUUAGUAUUUUAUAGCAAAUA